UGUCCAAAUUUUCUCUCUCGUUGCUGAUGCUAUCUAUAUAUGGGCAUUUAGCUGUUCCAGACGAAACACAUCUCCAGUAUUAGCACCAUCAGUUGCUAGCUGCCACCACACAAAAAAACAAGCUGCCGGGAGACACGAAGAGAGCUAUGGCGGACGUGGUACUCACGGUGGCCAAGACGCUGGUGGAGGGAACGCUGUCCAAGGCCCAGACAGCGAUCGAGGAUGAGGAGAAGCUGCGGAAGAGGGCGCAGCGGGAUCUGGUGUUCAUUGCCGGGGAGUUCCAGAUGAUGCAGUCCUUCCUCAGCACCACCACCAAGGAGAACGUCAAGAACAUCAUGGUGAGCACCUGCGUGACCCAGGUCCGCGACCUCGCCUAUGACGUCGAAGAUUGCAUCGAGUACAUCCUCCACCUGGACACGAAGCCUGACUGGUGGUGCCGCAUGGUUCCGUCAUGCAUGGCACCAUCUCGGGCGCUGGAUGAGGCGGUCGACGUCCUAGAGCAGCUAAAGGGGAGAGUCCAGGAUUUGGGUGAGAGAAGCUCUCGCUACAAACUUAUCAGCGAUGACUCUGGCUUCAACCAUGUCAACGAGAUGAGGCAGCAGGCGACUGCUGGUUCAUCUGACUUGAAGCAACGAGACAUGGAUGCUCUCACAAAGUUGGUCACCAAGAGGGGCAGCAACCGUGAGGUGAUCUCCAUCUGGGCGUUCGGCGACGACCAUGGAGCAGCGUCCAAGUCCAUCAUCAGGGAGGCCUUCGAAAACACAAAAAUCUGGAGAAAUUUCAGCGUCCGUGCUUGGGUCGCCAUGGGGAAUUCUUUUGAUCUCCAUGGGAUCCUAAGAAGCUUAAACGAUCAGUUCAGUGGAUCUGGUGCCCGGGAGAGAAAUCAGGCGUCAGUGGCGGUGGAUGAUCUGGGACACCUGAAAACCAAGGUGAAGGAUCAAGUGAACAAGCAAAAGUACCUCAUUGUCCUCGAAGACCUGUCCUCUAGGGAAAAUUGGGCUGCUCUUCAGGAGUACCUUCCAGACAGUAGUAAUGGGAGUCGUAUUGUUGUGCUCACACAGCAGUUCCAGGUCGCAUGCUCUUGCACGGGAUUUCCAUAUGUCCAGCGUUUCUGGGUUGAUUACCCACUCUGUGUCUUCUCCAAGGGCAAUGAGGGUCCUCUUAUUGGACGCAUAUCAGAAGUCACUGAACUUCCCAACUAUUCGUCCUUAGCACGUGCAAAUGGUUCUAGAGUGAUGUCCAUGUGGGGGACAGCUGGUGCCGGGAAAUCAGCUUUUGUUAGAAAUUUGUGUUGCAACAUGCUUCGUAGUAAGAAAUACAAAAGGUAUGUCUGGAUGGAUGCAUCCCAUGAAUACAGUUUGACAGACUUCAGCAGUUCUUCGCUCCAUUCAUAUUGUUUUGAAGCAAAUGAAGCUACAUCAUCCACUGGUCAAGAAAUAGGAAUCGACGAUCAUGUCGAGUACCUUGUUGUUAUUGAUAAUAUGAAGUCAACAGAUAAGUGGGAAUCGAUUCGAAAUGCAUUGGUCUCCAGGCCUUCUAGAAGCGUUGUUAUUGUCAUUACAAAUGAUGAAAGCAUUGCCCAACACUGCGCAGACAAGAAGGAGCUCGUGUUUAACGUCAGAUGUCUAGAAGUCAGGGCAGCCAUUAAGCUCUUCAAAAAGGAGAUAAUAACUAAGAAUCCAGAUAUCCCUGCAGACGAUAUUGAUAAAAAGCUGAGACCACUUAUUUUGAAGUGUGGUGGACUUCCGAAAGUAAUAGUUGCUGUAGCGGACUAUUUGGCCCAACAAUUCAAUUGGGAAGAAAAGGCAGGAAUUCUGAAUGAUCAAUUCGUAAACAACCUGGAGACCUGGCCGGAGUUUGCUUCUUUAGCUGACCUAUUUAGCUGGAUGCAUUCCUACCUCGGUGCCUUGCCGGAGCCCGUCCGGCAGCACGUCGCCUACCUAUUGAUUUUCCCUGGGCAAAGCAGCAUUCGGAGGCGGCGUUUGCUCAUGCGGUGGGUUGCAGAGGGGUACUCCAGGGACAGUGACAGCAAUACCGCGAAUGAGAAUGCAGAGAAGCACUUCUCAAAGCUUGUUCAGUUGAGCAUGGUUCACCGGCCACUCCUCACAACCAUCACACAGAUGAGAAUGGUCUCCUACGAAGUUAGCAAUAUCUUCCACGAAUACAUGGUCACACGACCUCCCGAAGAAAACAUUGCCACUGCAAUUGAGAUCUUUGAACUACAAGGAGUUUGCAGUCCAACAAGCAGACGCAGAGGACGGCACCUUGUCAUCGGAGAAAGCUGGGACAGAGACCGGAUUGUGUUCCAGAGCAUUGACUUCUCCAGGCUAAGAUCUUUGACAGUGUUUGGGACAUGGAAAGAAUUCUUUAUCUCUGAAAGCAUGAAGGUGCUUCGGGUUCUUGAUCUGGAGGAUGCAUCAGGUGUGACAGAUAAAGACCUCGAGAAGAUUCUAAAACUGCUGCGUCGCCUCAAGUUUCUCUCGCUGAGAGGAUGCAGUGAGAUCAAGUAUCUGCCAUGUUCAGUGGGUGAGCUAAGACAGCUCCAAAUUCUUGAUGUCAGAUACACUAAAAUAAGAAAAAUUCCAACGUCCAUCACUAACCUGAAGAAGCUGCAAUACAUGCGUGUGGGCCCCACGGUCCCACCUGUGGAUCGAUCAGCACCUCAUGUUGUAGCAUUCAAGAUGUCCGGACUCCGCAGAUGUCUUCAUCUAGUUGGUGUUGAAGUGAUGUCAGGGAUUGGAGAAUUGACAGCGCUGCAUACACUUGGAGUUAUCAACAUCGGUGUGGCAGGGGGCAAAGUCAUCCUGAAAGAGCUCAAGAAACUCACCCAACUGCGAAAACUUGGGGUGUAUGGAGUCAGCAACAAAAAUGUCAAGGAGCUGUCUUCUGCCAUCUUGUGCCACUCUCGUCUAGAAUCCUUGUCAGUGUGGCUCAACAAGCACAACCAAGACUGUAUGGAAGGCCUGUUUCCCGAGACCACCAAUGGAACUUCAGAACCUGAAAUUAAACUUCAGAGCCUACAGAGCUUUAAACUGUACGGCCUAGGAGACAAGUUGCCAGAAUGGAUCAAUCAGCUUGACAAUCUCAGGAAGUUAGUUUUGGAGAUGACUACAUUACCUGAAAAUACUUUGAGCAGACUCGGUGAUCUUAAAGUAUACAUUCUACGUCUAUAUAUCAAGGAGCUUCCUGAUGGUAAACUCAAGUUUUGUGUCAUGUUGAACGGAAGACCGUCACAAUGCUUUGAAACAGUAAAGGUACUCGAGAUUUCUUGCUAUUCCAGCAUGGAUGUAACUUUCGGACCACGAGCACUGCGAAAUCUUGAGCUGUUGAGGGCUUCCUGCUAUGAGAAGUCAGGGAAAGCAAUGAAGUUCUCUGGGCUAGAACUUCUGUCUGAACUCAAGGAUGUCCAGAUUAAAGGUUUCGAUGAUGGGACACUCAAGAAAGACGUGGAGGGGCAACUUUCCAGGCAUCAAAAGAAACCUGUUUUAACGACGGAAUUGGUACUUUUGUCCAGUGAUGUAUCACCAGUGGAAGUGUGAUACAUAGCUGAACUCUGCUUGAUUUAUUUGUUCCAUAGAUUGAAAAGCUGAAUCCAUAUUAGUGCUCUCAUGAUACCUUUAUAUAUAAGAAUUGGACCCGUGUGCAUUGCUGUUGUACUUCUAUUGCUGUCUUGAAGUUUCGCGGUGUAUUACAGUAAGAAUGUAUGGGAUACAUGCUCCUCUUUGGUUUUAUAGUUCUUUGGCUGGUUUUAUGUAUGAUAUAUUUCCUAUCCCGGUACGGUACCUGUA